AUGGAAACCAGUGGCCCUAAGACAGUUCCGGGGACGGAUCUGUGUCACAGAGUGCUUUACGCUGCGGUGGUGGGUGAUAACGCGAAAGGCUGUCUUCCGGGAUCGGUUAAGAAGAUGACACCAGAUGGAGUUGUUAUCGUUGACCAUGUAAUGCGAUGCGCACGGUAUUAUGUUCCUGGAUUAUGCCUCUCUGGAUCCUUACCGACAUCAAAAUGCGAGUCCUUAUUGGAUUUUUCGGAUCAAGUACCUCCAUUAAGUGCAGAACCGCAGAAGCAAGAACUUAUUGACAGGAUACUGUACUACUCGAGCGAAUUGGAAAGCAGGACGCAGCAAUUAGAGUUAAGAAAGCAAGAGGUCCAAUCUCUUCAAAAUAAGCUGCGUAUUGUAAACAAAGAACUUAAGAGAAGAGGGAUAGUCAUAGCGGACACUCCUGAGCGUGGGUACACGAAGGGAAGCGACUUCAAGAAAGUGUACAGUCCGGAUGACAGCUAUAUCGGGAACAACUUCCCCGCACCUCCAAAUUCAAGGGACAUUGGCAGUGAUGACCCCACACGACCGCCGCUCCCUCCCCUCCGCAUCGACGGCGAUUUAAGAUCGUAUACUUCGCGCCCACCUCCCCCAUACUCUGCAGAGCCACUUGUACCGCCUUUCAUAUCGUGUGCGCUACCACCAAAAAGUUUGAUCGCUGAUCAACCAGGGGUGACGGCACUGCCGUCGGGGAGGCGGGUUCAACAGGCAUUCGCAAAAAUGGUCCAAAACUCCCGGAGACAUGAUAACCCCGCAGCAGCCGGCUGCCAACCAGUCUCCAAUAGGGACGGGUUGGUAGGCACCAUACCACAAGCAGAGGGAGUGGAAUCAAUCAACGGAGUGGAGAGGUUUGGGAACGACGGCGCAGAUAAUAACUCGAGGAGGGAAGAGGAGGGUAAUUCGGAUGUCGCUGCUAAGAAGAGUCACUCCUACAAAUAA